AUGGGUACUAGCAUAUUAAACCUGAAUCAAAACAUCGAGCUUCCCCCAAUACAAAUCCUGUUCGAGUCACUUAACCGGGAAAAUGAACCUAGACCCUAUUACGAGGAACGCAGGCUACAGCAGCUUAACCCCUCAUUCAUCCCCAGGACAAGCAUGGCUGUCGGUAGUCCAGUUAACCCAGUUCCAGUAUCAUCCCCUGUUUUUUUUAUUGGCCCCUCUCCAGUGAGAGGUGCUCAGAAUAACAGUGUUGUAAUUAGUCAGAACAUAACUCAGUUUCCUGUUAUUUACAAAUCCCCGGAGGUCGUGCCUACCAGCGAGAGAGAUUAUGUAAUUUCUGUAGGUAGAUCUCCUAUAUCUUCACUACCUGAGUACGAACAUUUUUCAAGCUCUACUUAUUAUCAAGGUCAGAGGCGAGCUCAACCUUAUCCUGUGAACGCAACCACGAUGAUGGGUAAUUAUUCAACGCCUCAGCCUAUUGGCAUUUCAAGGGGUAAGCUGUUAUCCAGUAACAUAGAUAAGAAGGCAGCCUACACGUCUAGUAAGGAAUUGUCUGUAAAAGAAAAAAGGCUGAAGGGCCAUGGGAAAAGGUCUAAUUUACCUAAAGCCACUGUUUGUAUCCUAAAUCAAUGGUUGCUUGAGCAUAUACAUAACCCUUAUCCAACGGUUCAGGAAAAAAGAGAUCUGCUAGCAAAAACAGGUCUCACUAAACUUCAAAUCUCAAAUUGGUUCAUCAAUGCUAGGAGAAGAAAAAUCUUUGCUGGCCACAAUGAUGUUAACAAUCUCAAAAAAAAAUUUAACUCCUCCGCAGAUUUGCCUAAACUUUGA